AGUUCGUUCGUUCGUCUGAGAUGAAAAAGGCCGUUUUUUUCCCCAUUCUUAUCCUACAUCUGCCCGCAUAAAUCAUCUUACACUAAGCCAAAAUCAAACGAGCAUGGACGAGCAAAGCGUGCUACCGCUAUUCAUCAUCUCCCUUGUAAUCAUCUUCUUAACUCGAAAGUUAAUCGCAAGGAAGCCCGACCAAAACCUCCCUCCAAGCCCCCCCUCUCUCCCCAUUAUCGGCCACCUCCACCAUCUCAAGAAGCCCGUCCACUGCACCCUCCUCGCCCUCUCCCGGACCUACGGCCCCAUCAUCUCCUUUAGCAUCGGCACCCGUCGCUUCGUCGUCGUCUCUUCCAGGUCUCUCGCCGAUGAAUGCUUCACCCAGAACGACGUCGUCCUUGCUAACCGCCCCCGGUUCCUCCUGGGCGAGUACAUCACCUACAACUACACCGCCCUCGGAUCCGCUCCCUACGGCGACCACUGGCGCAACCUCCGCCGCAUCGGUGCUGCCGAGAUCUUCUCCUCACGCCGCCUCGACGAGUUGCUCGACAUCCGGAGAGACGAGGUGAGGUGCCUCCUCCGGAGACUGCUCAAGCCAGUCGAGCGGCCGGCCGGCGGCUUCGCGAGGGUGGAGAUGAAGUCCGCUUUCACCGAGCUGACGUUCAACGUGAUGAUGAGGAUCACGGCGGGGAAGAGGUACUACGGGGAGGACGUGAGCGACGCGGAGGAAGCGAGAGCGUUCCAGGAAAUGAUCGAGGAGGUCUUCAAAUACGCGGGGACGGCGUAUCCAGGGGAUUUUCUGCCGGUGCUCAGAUGGGUUGGUUACCAGGGGUAUGAGAAGAGGGCGGCCGAGCUCGGGAAGACGAUGGACAGGAUUCUGCAGGGCUUGGUCGACGAGCAUAGGACGAAGAAGAAGGAGGUGGAGUGCGACAGGAAGAAGGAGAAGAGCAUGAUCGAGCACCUCCUCUCGUUGCAGGCGUCAGAUCCGGAGUAUUACACGGACGACAUCAUCAAGGGGUUCGCGCAGUCAAUACUGUUUGCUGGAAUUGAGACAGCGGCAUCCACAAUGGAGUGGGCACUCGCCAAUUUGCUUAACCAUCCUACUAUCUUGGAUAAAGUUAAAGCAGAGGUUGAUUCCCAAAUUGAUCAGAACCGUUUAAUUGAUGAAUCAGAUCUUUCAAGACUGCCUUAUCUUCUGAAUAUUAUCUCAGAGACACUUCGAUUAUAUCCGCCGGCCCCACUUCUCCUUCCACAUUGCUCGUCCGAUGAUUGCAUAAUAGGAGGCUUCAGUGUGCCGCGUGGCACAAUUGUACUAGUCAAUGCUUGGGCCAUUCACAGAGACCCCGAACAAUGGUCCGAACCGACAAGCUUCAAGCCUGAAAGAUUUGAAAGCGGUGACGGUAAUGUGAAUAGGUUGGCAAUACCUUUUGGAUUGGGGAGGAGAGCAUGCCCUGGUGCAUCGUUAGCUCAUAAAAUGAUGGGCCUGACUUUGGGUUCACUAAUCCAAUGCUUUGAGUGGAAGAGGAUCGGCGACCAGGAAGUCGACAUGGUUGAAGUUGAAGGGCUGACAAUGCACAGGGAAAAGCCAUUGGAAACAUUGUGCAGACCACGUGAGAUCAUGGACAAAAUUCUCUCCGAAUAAUCUCGUAAUGUAUGAAAGCGGCUCAAUUCAUGUUAGUAAUUUGGUUUGCAAUAUGAUAAUAGAGUGCGAGCUUUGCUCCCUAUGUGUGUUGUGAACCCUUCAUGACAGCAAGCUUUUAAGAAGACUAGUUUACAAGACGAUUCUGCAAUGCAGGUCAAAUGUUCAAAAUUAGCUCCUUUUAUUUUGCAUGUUUUCCUGUUAAUAAUAACGGUGAUCUACUUAUGUUAA